AUGCUACCAGUUGCUGGCCUCGAGUCUGGCCUUCCGACACACGGCGCGCUAAGCAGCGCACCGCGCGAGUCUUGGAUGCUUGGCGGCACGGGCAUGCCCGGCGCCGCACAAGCAAAUGCAUAUUGGGAUGCUCUUGGCGGGGAGCGCACCGCGAGCUCGCAGUCGCCGUCCCGCUACAUGUUUUUCCGCGCCGAGCCGGAGUCCGGCGGCUAUUUACCGCAACACGCGUCAGCACAGCACGCUACCGCUCCGUUCUUUGCUUCUCAUUCCGGAAGUGGUAUUUACCCUUACUCUGCGCCAAUGCAUCCCGAAGUUUUGCAGCACACGCAGCGCUUUGGCACCGAAGGCUACACCUUGGUCCCAGUGCCCAACUUUGCAAUGAUGGACCAGUCCCAUGUACCGAUGCUGAUGCAACUCCCGCAUAACAGUACGAAUCCUGGUGCGUUUAUGAUGCACGCUGGAGAGAAGCAAGCCCUGCUCCAGUCGCUUGGGGAGCGCGACUCUGUGCUGGACGAGACAUGGAGUCGGCUGCGCAACGACGAGUCCGCCCAUUCCCGCGACGCUUCCAUGGAAGAGCUACUGGCCUUUUCGCGGCAAGCACAGUCAGAGGUGGGCGCGGGCCCCAAUGUGUUUGUUUGUCCCCACUGCGAGAAGCGAUACACAGGUAAACACGCGCGCAGCAUCUGGCGGCGCCAUUUGCAGGACAAGCACGCGAUUCCACUCGCGGUCCAGCCGCGCAGGACACGCUGGGACCGCGAUGCAAACAGACCGCGGAAUGCAGAAGAGCGUCGGGAGCGGAUGCUGGAAAGCAAGCGACGCUGGGCAAGGAAGAAGCGCGAGCAAGAGCGUCUUGCCGCUCAAGGCCUUGUGCAUACCAAACGCGACACGCCCGAUGGUGAUGAGCCAGAGCUUGUCUCUGCAUCCAAGGAAGAUUUCGAAGAGCCGAGCGAGGAGCUUGUGGCCUUGCGCGCUCGCUCGCCCUCCCCGCGUUCUUUGCCCACGCCGAAACGCAGCGCAUUUGCACCCCGCGACAUCAAUGUUCCAACACGUCUGCGCGACACCAUGGGCACAUUCAAGUCUCCGGGCAAUGCCGAGCCCAAACUGUUUAUUCCGUCGCCAAUGCCUCUUCAGUUCACGCCGCUGCGCGAAUCGUGGCGCGGCGCGCCUGGGAUUGGGCUUGCAAUGAGCCCCGAGCUGAGCGGUUCGCGCGACCCAAAGAAGCGCAGCGUUUCUCUGCGCAGCUCUGUUAAGCGCUCGGCUAUGGAUCGUGCCGCGCUGGCAUCCUUCUCGCGGGUCGAUCCUAGUCCGCGUGUGUUUGUGCCAAGUGCAACGAAGCGCGACGAGCCGCGCACCUAUACAGACCUGCAGGGUUCUCCAACUGCCCACUCUUUUAAAUCGCGUGAUGGACGCUCGGGUGAUCAAUUCUCGAGCCCACAGCACCUCGGCCUCACGCAGAGCCUCGGCCUCGCACCGCAUUCCGCUUCCAAGCAGGGCGUUUCUCCCAUGUACGGAGGGAUCAGCAUGACACCCACGGCUGGCGGGAUUACUCCAUACAGCAAGAUGCCGUUUGGGCUUACUCCUACGAUUGGUGGUCUUCUGCGCGCUGGGCAUGACGGCAUGGGAAGCGUGCCGCCCAGUGCAGGCGAUUUGUCCGCCUCUGGUUAUAUGAUGGGCUUUGCUGCGCUCGAUACGCCCUCGGACCUCGUACGGCGCAGCUCAAUUCAGCGGCACGGCCGCGCAGAGACCUCGUUUCAUUCGAGCUCGGAGCGCGACGAGGAAGAGGAGGAGCCCGAGAGUGAAUUCCAGCGGAAUGCCUCGCCCUCCAUCCGGCAACGGCCGCGUGUGCCAAGGUUGCCCGCACACGAGACGCCGUCUAAGCAGCGCUCCAAUCAUAGAACUCCGGCUCGUGCUUCUGGCGUUGGAACGCCCCGAAGCCCGUGGCAGCGCACGUCGCAUUCUUCGCGCGCCUCGCGCAUUCGGUGA